AUGGCCAAGAAGAUCUCCAAGCACUCAAGAGCUGCAAGGCGGAAUGAAGUGGCAGAGCCAGAGGCUCGUUCGCUUGCCACUCUUCCGAGAGCAGAGAAGACAGACAUCACUAGCACGCUAAUCAGAACGGCCGGUAAGAAUGAGGCUCUUCUCGAGGCCAAGAUGAAUAAACAGCGCAGCAAGAAGCAGCGUGUCACGAAGAAAAGCUCCAAAGAGGCUGCCAUGUCUAUAGACAAAGAACGGUUGGAGCGUGCUCUGAAUUUCACAAGUAGGCUCGACGGCAAAAGGCAAAAAUCCAUCACCAGAGCCAAGUACGUGCAAUCUGCACGGAAAGCGGGGUGGGACGCAACAAACACUAUGAUACGGAAAGAGCUUGGCGACUUGAAGGAUCUCUCGCCGGGGCAGGAGGGUGAGGAUAAAGAUGCAAUGGAGGAAGAACGUGAGCCCGAGGAGGAACCAGAGCAGACGCUCGACGCAGUUACAGAGGCUCCCAACAUCUUCAGCAGCCUUGCGGACGAUGUGGAGGCAUGA